GUGAAAGAUGUAAACGUGGUAAAAGACGUCAUUCCCCGGUAAAUGACAUCAUUUACCUAAAAAUUGGUAAAUGUUGUAAAUGCAGACAUUCCCCGGUUAUUGUCGUCAAUCACCAGUUUAGUUGGAGAAUGAUGUUCAAUACUUUUAUGUCGGUGUGAACGAACAGCGAUAAGCGUGUAGGUGCCAAAUAAGCUUCGUUAGUUAAAAAUAUCAUGACGGAAGUAGAUAGAUAAACGAAAAUCCCAACAAGCAAUAACGUCGAUAACCCGAGUAAUAAUAUGAGAUAAUCUAUUAGUUUAUUAGUUAGUAUCUAUCUAUAAACAAGCGUCGAAAAUGUUGAGAUUGACUAACGAAAAAUUUUCUAAGCUUGAUGUCGGUACAACUGUUCGUGUCCCAAUACCAGAUGUCGAUAGAGCAAGAGGUUCUCCGCGUAAUUUACUUGCUGUUAUUAUUUCAUGUGAAGAUGACAUGUAUAAAUUAUGUACAGAAUAUGGGGUGUUGAAACACAAAUAUACACGAGCACAAAUUUCUCCGUGUAAAGAAAAAUUUCUAGAGCUAGAUGAAGCCAUGAAAAAAAUUAAAGACAGGGAAAUAACAUUACGAGAAGCCGCAGGACAUGGAAUAGCUGGUCAUCAAGGAUUUAAUCGAUGCAACUGUAAAACUGGUUGUGGAACUAAAAAAUGUGCUUGUAAUGCAGCAGAAAUGUUGUGCAGUUCAAAAUGUCAUGGUAACCAAAAUUGUACAAAUAAAUAAUUUAUAAUAUGUACGUAUUUCAUUAUUUUUAAUUAACUUAUUAUCCCAUUCAAAUAAAUACCUAAAAUAAAAAAUGAAUUACCCACCAACAAUGAAUCAUUAUUAUAAGUAGUACCUAUGGUAAAAAAAUCAGUGUAUUAUUUGAGAUUUAUCAUCAUUUACCACCAGUUUUGGUAAAUGACAUCAAUGGCCGGUGAAAGAUGUACAUUUGAAUUUAUAAUCUGGUUUUUUACACCAUUUACCUACAUAAUCAAAUCAUUUUGGUAAUAGACGUCAUUCACCGGAGAAUGACGACAUUCACCAAUAUUCAUCUUUCACCGUAACAAUUAUAU